AUGCCCAAGAAUGCUGCUAGUGUGCGCCAAAAUAACCCAUCCACGUAUGCUAAUGUGCGCCGGGAGGAGAGCACUCUGAACAGUGAUACCACAGAAGCAAUAACUGCUUCAAGUUCUAAAACCAACAUCAACCCCACCACCUCCGCCGCAACCGCCACCUCUCCGAUAUCAGAAACGGAAGGGUCUUCGAGUCAAUCCGGAUCGUCCAGCUCUUCUGCCACUCCCAAGAAAUAUCGUGGGGCUCGGAGUCGAAGCGGCAAAUGGGUAUCAGAGAUACGCCAGCCACGUAAAACCACGCGCAUUUGGCUCGGCACGUACCCGACCCGGGAGAUGGCGGCGGCGGCCUACGACGUGGCGGCUUUGGCUUUGAAAGGGCCCAGCACGGUGUUAAACUUCCCGAAUUUGAUUCUCUGGUAUCCGAUACCGGCUUCGUUGGCUCCGAGUGACAUAAGAGCCGCGGCGGCCUCUGCGGCUGAGGCGAUGAUGCAGAGAUCGUCGGAUGGUAGUAGUGGUAGUGGUAGUAGUAGUUCAACUGGUCACGAUACGGCACAUCGUAAAAGAACAGAGGAAGAGUACGUUGACGAAGAAGAGUUAUUGAAUAUGCCGAAUUUGCUGGUGGAAAUGGCAGAAGGGAUGCUUUUAAGUCCUCCUAGGAUUCAGUCAAAGUCGUCCUCGGAUGAAUCUGGCGGUGAUGGAAAUGGAGAUGGAAAUGGGUUAUGGAGUUACGCAUAUUAAACUAAACCCCAUGGUGGUUGAAAAAAUCUUUGUAUUUUGUAUUGUAUGUGUGUGUGUGUUUGUUCUGUUUUGUUUUUUUUUUUU